CGCGUUUAUACUCUUUGUACUCAUAUAUUAAACACUUGUUACAGACACCACCAUCGUCACCGAUGAGCGCAGCUCAAGCGACACCACCGCCGAUGAGCACAGCUCAAGCGACACCACCACCGCCACCGAUGAGCACAGCUCAAGCAACACCACCACCACCACCGCCGAUGAGCGCAGCUCAAGCGACACCACCACCGCCGCCGAUGAGCGCAGCUCAAGCGGAAACCCUCGCAACCACAGAAUGGACCGAAGUUGAAACCCUUGCAGCAACUGAAUUCCUCAUGGGGGAGGAGUUGUAUUUUGCAGUUCCCGUGAAUUUGCCGCAAUAAAAAGUGACACCUUCGCCGCUGCCGCCGAUAUUUAAAUGUUGUAAAUAAUUAGAAAAUAAACAUGUCAAUGUUUGAAAAACGUCUUCACC